ACUUUCCCGGCGAUUCCAACGAAAAACGGUAGAUGAAAGAUGAGGAAGACAGAGGGAACGAUGGAAAAUGGGGAAUAUGAACGUUUAUUGAAAAUGUGUAACUUUACUUUUUAAAGUCACUUGACGUUUUUGUACUGUAUGUUCUGUUUGGAAAUUUCCAGCGCGACCACUGACUAAACACAAGAGCAACCGUUUUCGUCAUGGGCGACUGGAGUGCUUUAGGAAAACUUCUUGACAAGGUCCAGGCGUACUCCACAGCGGGAGGCAAAGUCUGGCUUUCCGUCCUCUUCAUCUUCCGGAUACUGGUCCUGGGAACGGCGGUGGAAUCAGCGUGGGGUGACGAACAGUCUGCCUUCAAGUGCAACACCCAGCAGCCUGGCUGUGAGAACGUGUGCUACGACCAGUCGUUCCCCAUCUCUCACGUGCGCUUCUGGGUGCUUCAGAUCAUCUUCGUUUCCAUGCCAACGCUCCUCUACCUCAGCCACGUCCUCUACCUCAUGCACAAAGAGGAGAAACUGCUCAAGAAAGAGGAUAACCUGAGAGCCAUCCAGAGCCAAGGUGGCAACGUGGACGCUCCUCUCGAGAAGAUUCAGCAGAGGAAGUUCAAGUAUGGCCUGGAGGAACAUGGGAAGAUUAAAAUGAGAGGGGGCCUUCUCCUCACGUACAUCGUGAGCAUCAUUCUCAAGUCUGUUUUCGAGGUGGCCUUUUUGGUGAUACAGUGGUACAUUUAUGGGUUCCACCUCAGUGCCAUCUACACGUGCGAGAGGGUGCCCUGUCCACACAAGGUCGACUGUUUCCUGUCCCGCCCUACUGAGAAGACCAUCUUCAUCAUCUUCAUGCUGGUGGUCUCACUAGUCUCCCUGGGCCUGAACGUCUUCGAGUUCUUUUAUGUCAUAUUUAAGAGGAUGAAAGACCAGGUCAGGGAGCAGGCGGCUCGUCAGCAUCACCAGAACGGACGACUCAAGCCCUGCAUGGGCGAGAUGCCGCCGCCGUCCAGCUACGUCUACUACAACGACUGCUCGGCCCCCAUGGCUAACCUGGAAUACAACCUGAACACCACGGACAAGAACAACUCCUGCGACAGCUACAGCAAGCAGGCCAACGCUCAGAACUGGACCAAUUACAGCACCGAACAGAACCAGCUGGGCCAGAAGGUGCCUCCGUACCCCUGCUGCCACACCCAGGAGUUCCACUACCCCGAGAAAGUGACCCCGGGCAAGGACAUGGCCCUGCUGAGGCAGCUGGACCCCCGGCCCAGUAGCCGGGCGAGCAGUCGAGCGAGGCCAGAUGAUCUUGACAUCUAGCCAGAGAUCAGAGGAUCGUCAUGUGAACGGGUUCAGUUCACCCUUGGGGAGCCCCCUGCUUUGGCACCAGGCUGUGCCGAUUUACACUUUGAUGUGCCAAAAAAUCCUUCAGCUACAUUCCAGCCUAAUUGACAGCGGGACUCAAUUGGGUUAUUCAGACUUGAAAUGCAAAGAGACCAGUGGUUUUCUCUGUGUUCAGACUGUUCUGAAUUUACCACGUUAUUGCCAACAGCUUUAAAGUUACAUUUAUACAAGUGGUCUUAUGAAGUUUCUUUCUUUUGUUUUUUAUUUUUAUUUUUAUUUCAAGAAGAGACAAUCCUUCAUGCAGUGUUUUAUGGUUGUAAGUUAUUGAGUGUUGUAGUUUAAGAGAGUGAAUGAUGCAUGGAUGACACAAACAGAAGUUAUUUAUGGCUUGUUUGUUUCUGGUUUGGUUUUGGAGCUCAGCUGAGCAUUCUUUUCUGGAAUUUAGAGCUGUAAUAUAUUCUAAGGAUGAACUGUUCCUCAAAGAGCUCUUGCUGUUUUCUGAGAACCGUGCUGCAGAUAUUCUUGCCAAUGGUUUCUGCGUGCAGUAUAGUGAGUUUGGUUUUAACAAUCCAAUAUGUUCUCAAUUCCUGCAUUUAUGGUACGUUUUUGUUAGAAGCAAUGUUUGCACUGAUGUCUUAGACGUUUCUUAUGUUUUAUAUAAAAUGUUUACAUGGAUGAAUU